UUCAUUCAUCCAUCCAUCCAUCUACCAUCCAGUCACGAUUGAACAAUCCAAUAACAGGGUCAACAAUACCUACCUACCUAGCAGCCUAGGUGCUUCAGAGGCAUGUACUACGUAUGAAACUUACGAAUGGCCAAGAAUUUAAUCCAAUGGAAUCCAUCCAUUCAUGUGAUUGGCUCAUUCCCCUCUACCGGCACGCUCCUUCCCAUGCUUCCCCUUCCCACAAGUAGAUUCAAGGUGGAAAAAAGUUUCCUGAAUUUCCCAGGUAGGCAAUCGGGAUAAAAGAGGAUUGGGACCAAGAUCCAACAGACCCAAUCUAAUCUCUAUCUAGUCCAGGAACAUAUCUUUCUUUAGCACGACUCUCUCUACCAAAGUACCAAAGUGCUUUCGUAAAUUCGUACCCAUCUCCACUCCGAAUUUAUACCAUUGAAUCAUUCUCCCGUAUCCCCUAAAUUAUUCUUCCAAUCCAAAUCUCCUUGCCACACUUAAUGGGACUGUGUUAAUCAUUCCACUUCCACACUCCUCGACAUUCAUUUGCUAUCUUUCCAUUUCUCCAGCAAUCCCAUCUCCAACUCAUUCUAGUUAGGAAGACAGUCAUUCGUUCAAACACACAUUUCUUUUUUCUUUUCAACUAGGACAUCUGCCGUGCAAGUCGUUGUUAGAGAAGGAGAGAUUACAUCACCAACACACUCGUUCUUCCCUAUUCCAAAACUCACCUGAGACGGAAAUAUCUUUAGCAAGCAAUCGGGUUGGGAUUGGAUUCUUGAGUUUUCAUCUCAUCAUCACAAAACAACUUCUCACAUCUAUCUAUCGUCAACAAAAUCAACAUUAUAACACCCCCGCAUUGGUAUUUCAAUUAGCAUCAUGAAGACCUUUGGCUUUGCUUCAGCAGCUGCUGCGGCAUUGACCGGUGCUUUUUUCGCAUCGUCUGCUGCCGCGGCUGAUCUCCCUCCUAUCGUCAUUAAGGGCUCUCACUUCUUCUACGAGAACGGUACCGAAUUCUUCAUUCGUGGUGUAGCAUACCAACAAGACGUUAACGCCAACACUACUUCCGACGCUACUUUUACCGAUCCCCUUGCAGAUGAAGCUGGUUGCAGGCGUGACAUUCCUCUCCUUCAAGAGCUUGGCACCAAUGUCAUCCGUGUCUACGCUAUCAACUCCUCGUUAGACCACUCCGUCUGUAUGGGAUUGCUUAACGAUGCCGGAAUCUAUGUUAUCCAAGAUUUGUCUAACCCCUCAUCCUCUAUCAAUCGAAACGACCCAGAAUGGAACACCGAUCUCUUCGCUACCUAUGCCGGCGUUGUCGAUGCCAUGGCCAACUACUCAAACGUCCUCGGUUUCUUUGCCGGUAACGAGGUUUCCAACGAUGUCAACAACACUAAUGCCAGUGCUUUCGUUAAAGCUGCCGUCCGUGACAUGAAGGCUUACAUUAAGACUAAGGGCUACCGCACUAUCGGUGUUGGUUAUGCUACCAACGAUGAUGCCAACAUUCGAAUUGAUUUGGCUCAUUAUUUCAACUGUGGCGAUGCUGAUUCUGCCAUCGAUUUCUGGGGUUACAACAUCUACUCGUGGUGUGGUGAUUCUUCGUUCACUAAGUCUGGAUAUGAUCAAAGAACUCUCGAAUUUGCCAAUUACUCCGUCCCUGCAUUCUUUGCCGAGUACGGUUGCAACGUUGUCCAACCACGUAAAUUCACUGAAGUCGGGGCAAUUUACGGCGACAAGAUGACUGAAGUCUGGUCUGGUGGAAUCGUCUACAUGUACUUCCAAGAGGCAAAUGACUAUGGUCUCGUCUCGGUUUCAGGAGACUCUGUUAGCAAGCUCGCUGAUUUCACUGCUCUGUCCAAGCAAUUGGCCUCUGCCACCCCUACCUUCACCAACUCUGCCUCCUACACCGUUACCAACACAGUAGCACAAGCAUGCCCAGCAACCGGUACCGCUUGGGCUGCCUCCAGCAACCUUCCUCCUAUCGCAAACGCCGAGCUUUGCGAAUGUAUGGUUAAGUCUUUGUCCUGUGUCGCCAACAGCGGUAUCUCCGGUAACUCCAGUGCCAGUCUCUUCGACUACGUCUGUGGUUUGGAUAGCGCUGCCUGUGAUGGUAUCUCAAAGAAUGCUACCACUGGAACUUACGGUGCCUACUCCAUGUGCACAAGCGCUCAACAAUUGUCUUUCGUAUUUGACCAAUACUACCAAAACAACGGCAAAGCAGCUACUGCCUGUGACUUCAGCGGUAAUGCUAAGACUCAAACUGGUGCCAAGAGCUCAACCUGCUCAAGUCUCAUCAGCCAAGCCGGAACCGCAGGAACUGGAACUGUUACCAGCGCACCAACUGGUACUGGAUCUUCAAGCAGCUCAUCUAGUUCAUCCACCACUACUAAGAAGAGUGCUGCCGGUGCUACUGUCGUCCCACGUUUUGACUUGGGAUUGUUGCAAUUGGGCGCCUAUCUCGUGGUUGCUGGAAUGGCAGGUGCGGGUAUGAUCAUGUUGUAGAUGAUAUCAUUAGCAUUUUUCGGCGGUGGAUAUCUGGCUGUCUGGAUGAAGGUCUCUUCAUUCGAAAAUUGAUCGGGUAUUAAUAUGUCAUUCAUUCCUUGAUAGUCAUUUCAUGUUGCCUAGGCGUCAUUUGGUUUCUCUUCUCUUGACACCUCACGGCGUCAAUUGGAGAUUUUAAUUUGUAUAUUAAAUGAUAGACUGAAGAGAUAUUUAAGAUUGUGAGGAAAGCAACUUGCUAUUGUAAAUUUGAGAUUGACAUGUGAUUUCU